AUCUUCCAACCAUUCUUCUUCCAAUUUUGCAAUGGCAUGGUCUCCAACCAAUCUCUCGGCAUCUUCUUCUUCGUCUUCUUCCUCCCAUCAAUGGAAGUAUGAUGUCUUUCUUAGUUUCAGAGGUGAAGACACCCGCAAAAGCUUUACCGACCAUCUUCACCGGGAGCUCUGUCGAAAAUGGAUCAAGACUUUCAGAGAUGACCAACUCAGGAGAGGCGAACAGAUAUCUCCAGCACUUCUCAAGGCAAUCGAAGAGUCAAGGUUUUCCAUCAUCAUUUUCUCAAAAAACUAUGCUUCUUCAAGUUGGUGUUUGGAUGAACUCACAAAGAUUCUUGACUGCGUCGAAGUGAUGGGACAUACAGCUAUACCGGUUUUUUAUAACGUGGAUCCCUCUCAUGUAAGAAAACAAACCGAGAGUUUUGCAGAAGCAUUUGCCAAACAUGACCAUAUUUACGGGGACAAGUCGGAGAAAGUGCUCAAGUGGAGAAAAGCUUUAACUGUGGCAUCCGGACUGUCUGGGUAUGAUUCACGAGAUAGACAUGAAACUGAGGUUAUCGAUGAGGUCGUUACCAUGAUUUUUAAUAAAUUGAUUGAUGCAUCCUCAAGCAACAUGGAGGGUCUUGUUGGGAUGGGUUCUCGCUUACAGGACAUGGCUCAAUUAUUAGAUAUUGGGUCAGUUGAUGUUCGAAUGGUAGGAAUUUGGGGCAUGGCUGGCAUUGGUAAGAGUACUAUUGCUUAUCAAGUGUAUAACAAAAUCUAUGCUCAAUUUGAUGAAGGUUAUUGCUUUCUUCCAAAUGUUAGAGAAGAAUCUCAGAGGCAUGGUCUAGCUUAUUUACAAGAAGAACUCCUUUCACAAAUUUCAGGUGGAAAUCUAAAUAAAGGAAAUUUCAACAGGGGGAUCAAUUUUAUAAAAGAAAGGCUUCACUCUAGGAAGGUCUUUAUUGUUCUUGACGAUGUGGAUAUGUAUGAGCAGUUGGAGGUUUUAGCAGGAAAUCAUGACUGGUUUGGUGCAGGAAGUCGAAUUAUCAUAACAACCAAAGAUAAAACUUUGCUAAAUAUGCAUGGAGUGGAUGCAAUUUACAAUGUUGAGGGAUUAAAAUACAAUGAAGCUCUUAAGCUCUUUUGUUGGUGUGCCUUUAAACAUGACCUUCCUACAGCAGAUUACAUGCAGCUAUGCAAGAACUUUGUAAAAUAUAUUGAAGGCCUUCCAUUAGCCAUUAAAGUGUUAGGUUCUUUUGUAAAAAACAAAACCAUAGAUGAAUGGAAGAGUGCAUUGGAUAAACUCAAAAGAAUUCCACACAAAGAUGUUCAGAAGGUGCUAAGAAUAAGUUUUGAUGGGUUAGACGAUAAUCAGAAGGAUAUAUUUUUAGAUAUUGCAUGCUUCUUUAAAGGGCAAGACAAAGAUUUUGUUGCAAAAAUACUAGAAAGUUGUGAUUUCUUUCCAGCUAAUGACAUAAGGGUUCUUGAAGAAAAUUCUCUUAUUCUUGUCUCAAAUAAUGAGUUAUGUAUGCAUGAUUUAUUACAAGAAAUGGGCUGGGAAAUUGUUCGGCAAGAAAAUGUUAAAUACCCUGGCAAACGUAGCAGGUUGUGGUUUCAUGAUGAAGUAAAUCAUGUGCUAACAACAAAUACGGGGACUGAAGCAGUUGAAGGCAUAGUCCUCGAUUUGUCUGCUUCGAAAGAGUUACACUUCAGUGCUGGUGCCUUUACAGAGAUGAACAGAUUAAGAGUGCUCAGAUUCUAUAAUGUGAAAAUGAAUGGAAGCUUGGAAUAUUUAUCUGAAAAAGAGUUAUUUGAUACUACUUAUCAUCCUUGGAGAUGGAGAGCCCAUGAAAUGCAAAGAGCUGAUGAGAUGCAAACUGAUUGUAAAUUGCAUUUAUCUGGAGAUUUAAAAUUUCUAUCCAACAACUUAAGAUCUCUCUAUUGGCAUGAAUACCCUUUGAAGUCCCUUCCAUCAAAUUUUCAUCCAAAGAAGCUUGUUGAGCUAAAUAUGUGCUCUAGUCGGCUUGAACAACUAUGGAAAGGAGACAAGUCAUUUGAGAAGUUGAAGUUCAUCAAACUUAGCCACUCUCAAUAUCUAACCAGAACCCCAGACUUCUCUGGAGCCCCAAACCUUGAGAGGCUAAUUCUUGAAGGUUGUACAAGUAUGGUCAAGGUUCACCCAUCCAUUGGAGCUCUCCAGAAGCUUAUUUUCCUGAAUUUAAAAGGCUGCAAGAACCUCAAGAGUUUUGCAAGCAGCAUCCAUAUGAAUUCUCUUCAAAUUCUUACUCUCUCUGGCUGCUCAAAACUCAAGAAGUUUCCAGAGAUGCUGGAAAAUAUGAAGAGUUUGAGACAGCUUUUGCUUGAUGAGACUGCCCUACGAGAACUACCUUCAUCGAUUGGACGCCUAAAUGGGCUUGUUUUGUUGAAUUUGACGAAUUGUAAAAAACUUGUGAGUAUUCCACAAAGCCUUUGCAAGCUGACGUCUCUUCAGAUUCUUACUCUGGCUGGUUGCUCAGAACUGAAGAAGUUGCCAGAUGAGUUGGGUAGCCUACAAUGUUUAGUAAAUCUGAAUGCAGAUGGAAGUGGUAUACAAGAGGUUCCACCCUCUAUUACUCUUUUGACAAACCUUCAGGUAUUAUCAUUGGCAGGAUGUAAGAAAAGGAAUGUGGUUUUCUCUUUAUGGUCAUCACCAACAGGAUGUUUGCAACUGCGUUCUUUGUUGAAUUUAUCCUCCGUGAAAACUUUGACGUUAAGUGACUGCAACCUAUCGGAAGGAGCACUGCCCAGUGAUCUUAGCUCCCUAUCGUCGUUGGAAAGUUUAGAUCUGAGCAAAAACAAUUUCAUUACCAUACCUGCCAGCCUCAAUAGACUUUCUCAGCUCUUGUACCUCUCCCUGUCGCACUGCAAGAGUCUUCAAUCAGUGCCAGAGCUUCCAUCAACCAUUCAAAAAGUAUAUGCCGAUCAUUGCCCUUCCCUGGAAACCUUUUCAUUAAGUGCAUGUGCAUCCAGGAAGUUGAACCAAUUGAACUUCACAUUUUCUGAUUGCUUCCGACUAGUGGAGAAUGAGCACAGCGACACUGUGGGAGCUAUACUACAGGGGAUUCAGCUUGCUUCAUCAAUACCGAAAUUUGUGGAUGCAAAUAAGGGUUCCCCUGUUCCAUAUAAUGACUUCCAUGUUAUUGUUCCUGGAAGUAGCAUUCCAGAGUGGUUCAUCCAUCAGAAUAUGGGGUCUUCAGUAACUGUAGAGCUGCCUCCACAUUGGUACAAUGCCAAGUUGAUGGGAUUGGCUGUUUGUGCUGUUUUCCACGCAGACCCCAUUGAUUGGGGUUAUUUACAAUAUUCUAUGUAUCGUGGAGAGCACAAAUAUGAUUCAUACAUGCUUCGAACGUGGAGUCCAAUGGAAGGUGACCACGUGUGGUUUGGGUAUCAAUCACUUGUUGGACUGGAGGAUGACCGCAUGUGGUUCGGGGAGCGGAGCGGCACUGUGAAGAUUUUGUUUUCUGGACAUUGCAUAAAGUCGUGUUUAGUAUGUGUGCAGCCUGAAGUAGUGGUGAAAAAGUGUGGGGUUCGUCUAGCAUAUGAGCAAGGGGAUAAAGAUGGAGAGUGCAGCUUUCCUUAUGGCACCAUUUGGCCUGGAGAAGGGCAUGAAUCUGAAAAUCCUCUGCCCAUAACCAAACACCCAGUACAUCACUUGUGCUAACGCAGAUACACACGGUCUCUUGCUCUGGUGAAAGUUUAAUGAAGCAAUAGAUUGAUUGUAAUGUGUUAGUCUAAGGAUUUGAACCCAUUAACACUACUAUCUCUUCCCAUGUGAGCUUGCAUUAGAUAUUUCUUAGUAAUGAGUUAAAAGUUUUUAGAAGGUGUAGAAAUCUCUUAUUGAACUAAUUGAAAUAAGCUUCAGACUUGAAAGCAUGCAUUAUCCUAUGUUAUAUCAUUUUAAGAGGGACUUGUUGCUUGUGGGGUCAUGUUAAAGUUUUCAUGUAUAUCAUUGUUUUUUCUAAUCUGUCAUGUUUAAACUUGGAGAAUAUUUGUGUAGCUUGAAGUUUCUCACUGGCACAUACAAUCGCUUAACUCUAGAAUUUGAAGGAAGUAAGUGUGCUUUUACUACGUCAAGAAGCUUCUUUUCACCCCCGUAGCUCACAACACACUCAUGAACUUAUUACAAACAUGCAGAGCAUACUAACUAGUGUCAAGAGAUAGCAAGACUAGAAAUCUUGUAAUUUCUCAUGGUAGUGCAAAUAAGUGCUUCGGAAUAAUGGGGUUUGGGUGACAACGAAGAUGGGAUGGCCUAUUACUGAUGUAAUUUAUAAGCCCAUCUCUUUAAAUCCAUUCAAGUUUAAAAUGGUUUGGCUGAAUUCCAAAGCAACUAUAAGCAUGUUCAUAUUUUAAUAAAAAGCCUGUUUGCAUCUAAAAAUUAAACAAGCUACUCACGCAGGAGGGGCUUCAAGCAACUUUGAUCAUGGUUUGUAGAAUGGGAACGUUAGGAGUGGCACGUGACGAGCUGGUGCUGAUGAAAACUAUUUACAGGUAGUGGUAGUGGCCAAUGGUUUUGUGGCAUUAUGAGGCUUGAAAGUACUCAUAUUCCUAAUAAUAAUAUCCCCAGUAACUCUUUAGUACGUAAUUGUUCACAUUCUUAUAGCUCCUAAAAUGUUUCCUUUU